AUUAUGGCUUAUUGUCUGUGCAAGUUCACCCACACUGCUCACUCCUGUCUCCCGUGUCCCAGAUGACCGUCUCUUGAUCACAACUUAACUGAGCCAGAGGAGUCGCGGGAGAGACACAGAGGCAGUCCCCCACUCCGCAGUCAGGAGCAUCCUGAGGAGCCCCAAGGAGCGAUGCCAUCGGUACCCGGGCAAGGCUGGGGGCUGCCCCAGCCCCAUAUGUGAGAGCCGACGCGCUAGGGACCCUAUGCCCUAACCUGGAUCCCGUGUCCCCCCCCUGAGCUCAGCACUGGGGGACGAAGAGAGCAGGGUUUGAAGAGGCUGCAGCUGGUGAGACCACGCGGGGAGCCAGGGCGAUGACAGCAGGGCAGCUGAGUGGUUGAAACCUGAAUAAUUUGAAACGAAAGGACAUCCUCACGCUGGAAGCAGCCCGGUGUGCGGCACAGCCCUGAACAUGACCACAGAGAGUUUUGCAGAGUUCCUGAAUAAACUCAAGGAAAUCCAUGAGAAAGAGGUCCAAGGUCUGCAAAGCAAGCUGACGGAGCUGACGACGGAGAAGUGCCGUGAUGCUCAGAGAAUUGAAGAGUUGUUUGCUAAAAAUCACCAAUUAAGGGAACAACAGAAGGUCCUUAAAGAAAAUGUAAAGGUGUUAGAAAACAGGCUGCGAGCGGGUCUCUGCGACAGAUGCAUGGUCACCCAGGAACUGGCAAAAAAGAAGCAGAAUGAGUACGAGACCUCCCAUUUCCAGAGCCUGCAGCACAUCUUCAUCCUCACUAACGAGACAAACCGCCUGAGGGAAGAGAACAAAACUCUCAAGGAAGAACUGAAGAGACUCCGGAGCCUGGAGGACAGGACAAAGCACCCAGGAGUCACCUCCAGAGAAAGCACCUCCACCCCCAGCUCUCCCUUGGCUUUACUGUCCCCAGUGAGCAGGAACGCUGGCAUGGAGAAAGCAGCUCACAGGGGAGCAGAAGAAGCCCACCAUGACGUGCCAGGCCUCGAGCUGGGAGAAGAAAAGCCUGCAGGACAGAGAAACUCUCCAAGCAGUAGGACUUCCCCAGGCACUGUCCUCCAAGAAGUCAGCCUCGCAGAAGUGGUGUCCCAGAGGAUCGCCAACCAGCUGCAUGGAACCAUUGCCCUGGUGAGACCCGGCUCCAAACCCUGUCUCCUGGAAAAAAGUCCUUCGGGGGCAGCAGUGUCCCCAUCGGCGAGGAAGACUCCUCUCCCACUGGAGCGUGAGCGGAGCCCCAGCCUUGAGGCUUAUUUAACAGCAAGCAAACCGGACUUCCCCAAGGUUGCUCCAUCCUACGAAAAUCUAAAACUGACUGCCCGGAGAGAGCAGCUCUGCCUCCUCCACAAGCACCUUUCCCUGCACCAGCUGGGGCUGGCAAGCAACUGUGCUUCGGCCAACCAGGACGGCAGCAGCUUCUCCAGCCAUUUGCUCAGGGCCAAAGACGCCGACGGCAGGACGCGGUCACAUGACGGCUGGGAAGAUGGCGCAGCCUUGCUGAAGAUCCCUGCCGCCAUGGUGUACGUGAGGGAUCAGCACCUGGAGGAGAAGCUACACCUCCUCAAGCACAGGGAGCAGCUGCAGCAUUUCCUCAUGCAGCAGUGCCAGUCAGGCCAGCAGGUAGAUGGAGACCCAAAGCCCGCAUCCAAGGAGCGGCCCCUCUCCCCGUGGCCAAGCAUCACGCCAGGAUGCAAGGAGGAAAGGUCCUUCCCAGAGGAGGAUGCUGAUGGGAAGGAAGAGAAAGAGCUUUGGCUGAGCCAGGACAGCUCCGAGCUCCGAGAAAAGGCGAAGGCAGCAAGGGACGAUGGUGCAGAUGUGCCGCUGGAUCUAUCAGACUCUGGCCGUGGCAGGGAAACAAGCUGGCACAACCGCCAGGAGCCAUGGGGGUCCGGCAGCCCACAGCAGAGCCCCGGGGAGAGCCUCGCUGUGCCAGCAGCCCGCGGCCCCUGCGGGAGACACGGGGCAGAGCGGGACAACUUACGUUUCCCCUACUGCUGGCCCAAUGCCACCCAGGUACUGCCUGGUGAUGUCGAGGAGGAGGAGGAGGAGGAUGCAGCUGUGGCACAUCCGACAAACAACUCCACGCCGAGUGACCCAGAGGCCCUUCCAGAGACGGGGGUGAGACUGGAUGUCAGUGCACAGAAGGGAGAAGCAGAUGACAAUGAUGCUGAAUCUGGGAAGCAGGAGUCUGAUGAGCCAGACACGACGGACAGCGAGGUGGCUGCCCCAUAUGAAGAUGAUACCCUACAAGAAGCCCAGGCUGAUGGGAAGUAUUUUUGCACCAAAGACAAAGCUCAUGCCCUGCAGAAGAAGAGAAAAAGAGGACAGGACCCCUGGACAAAAGGAGCUAAGAAGUCAACGAGAGGGAGAAAGAAAGUCAAAGUGGAGCAGUGCUCAGCGGGGAUCACGGAGGAACUGGAGAACUGCUCCGCUUCCCACAACGAUACCUCUGAGGAGAGCUAACGGCAGGGCAGGAUGAGAAGCGACACAGACGCUGCAGACCAAAGGAGAGGGCUCGGAGACCUCAGCAUCCCACCCAUGCUGGGAGAGUGACUCCUCCUGCCGUGCUGGGCCAGGCAGUGGGGAAUUCAUAAUGACUCAUUAAUGAGUAGAGCACCCUGAAAAUCUUCACUUGGUGCCCCGGGAGAUGCUAAGCAAGGAAGAGCCAUGCAGGUGAUACUGGUGGAGCAGCGCAUUCGGUGACCCCCAGCCCUGCACCGGGGCAGACCCUCAGACUGGUGCUAGGAAGAGGAGAUGCCCUCUUUGCAGCACUCGCCCUGGGUCAGGACCAUGUUCUUCCCUGGGAUUUCAUGCAAGGAGAACGGACUACCCAGACCCCGCUCCCCACGUACGAUGUCCCGUGGCUGGCCGAAGGGCGGUGACCAAGCUGAACACCACAAGGCCCCAUGCACAAACCUGAACUGAUUAAAUCCCUACCCAGGUUUCAUACAUGUGUGGGUCGUCUUUGACCUGGAGAAAGCCCAUGGUUUUCUUUUCUAGUUAAGUGAGGAGCAAGCACGUGGGCGGGCAGGUGGGACAUGUCCCUGGAGAGGGCAGGGAGAAGAGCAUGGGAAGGGAGGGCUUGCGUGCUCCCUCUCCCCAAGGUGUCCUGCAUGCCUGGAAAAGGCAGGUGUGUGAGACUCAGCUGUGGCUCACAGCAGAGCACCAGCUCAGCAGUUCACACUGACCUUGGUGGGAAUGCUGGGACCUUGUUUUCA